AUGAUAGAAAGUGACAUCUCAUCCAUAAUGUCAGGAAUUAUUCGAAACUCAGGGCAAAACUACCAUCCCUCUCCACAGGAGUACAGGCUUCUAGCUACCACUGGCGAUGAUGAUCUCCCUGGGGACCUGCAGUCGCUGUCUUGGCUCACAGCUGUGGACGUGCCUCGACUGCAGCAGAUGGCAAGUGGCCGUGUAGACCUGGGUGGCCCCUGUGCACCACAUCCACACCCAGGCACCUUGGCUGGGGUGGCUGACCUGCAUGUGGGAGCCUCCCCAGGCCCCCUUCUCCAUGGCCCAGCUGUCAUGGCCCCCCGAGGCAUGCUGGGCCUGGGCCCCUUAACCAACCAUGGAGCCAGGCUGAUGAGCCACUUCCCUGGGGGAGCCCAGCCCUCAGCCGGCCUGCAGGAGCCACCACAGCUAUACUCGCCUGCCACCCAACCACAGUUCCCGCUCCCCACAGGCGCCCAGCAGUGCCCUUCUGUGGGCCUCUAUGGCUCCCCAUUUGGGGUUCGGCCUCCCUAUCCCCAGUCCCACAUGGCUGUGCAUUCAUCGCAGGAGCUGCACCCCAAACACUAUCCAAAGCCCAUCUACUCAUACAGCUGUCUGAUCGCCAUGGCCCUGAAGAACAGCAAGACAGGCAGCCUACCUGUGAGUGAGAUCUACAGCUUCAUGAAGGAACACUUCCCCUACUUCAAGACGGCUCCUGAUGGCUGGAAGAACUCGGUACGCCACAACCUGUCCCUGAACAAAUGCUUUGAGAAGGUGGAAAACAAGGUGAGCGGCUCCUCACGCAAGGGCUGCCUGUGGGCCCUGAACUUGGCCCGUAUCGAUAAGAUGGAGGAGGAAAUGCACAAGUGGAAGAGAAAGGACCUGGCUGCCAUCCACCGGAGCAUGGCCAACCCUGAGGAGCUGGACAAGCUGAUUUCCGACCGGCCUGAAAGCUGCCGGCGCCCUGGCAAAAUGGGGGAGCCGGAGGCCACCGUGCUGCCUCACGCCACCACAGUGGCUGUGGCGCAUGGCUGCCUGACUGUCUCCCAGCUUCCACCCCAGCCACUGAUGACCCUGUCCCUGCAGUCGGUGCCCUUGCACCACCAGGUGCAGCCCCAGGCACACCUUGCUCCAGACUCUCCAGCACCGGCCCAGACACCGCCACUGCAUGCCCUGCCAGACCUGAGCCCCAGCCCUCUCGCCCACCCCGCUGUGGGGAGGGUCCCCAUGGACUUCGUCAACAUCAGCACCGACAUGAACACCGAGGUGGAUGCCUUGGACCCCAGCAUCAUGGACUUUGCCCUGCAGGGGAACCUGUGGGAGGAGAUGAAGGACGAGGGCUUCAGCCUGGACACGCUGGGGGCCUUCGGAGACUCCCCGAUGGGCUAUGACCUAGGGGCCUCGGGCCUGACCCCAGUCUCCAGCAGCAGCGACCAGUCCUUCCCAGAUUUGCAGGUGACAGGUCUCUACGCUGCAUACUCCACCCCGGACAAUGUGGCCACAUCAGCCACCACCUCCUCUUCUCAGUACCUGGGCACAGCAGGGAACAAGCCUAUAGCCCUGCUUUGA